GUUCAUUUGCACCGCACUAGCUUCAUGGGUUGGGCAGAUAAAGCUAUAUGGAAACACGUCACAGGGCUUGUAGGAGCGACGCUUCAUAAGUGAAGACACAGAGAGAAAGACUGGAGAGACGCGGGAGCAACCUGUGUCCACAAAGCAGGAGCGCACCUCAAGAGCGAAGACACUUCAACAGCUGAUAAACUUAUGUUACAUAUAGAAUUUGAAAAAGAAACGAAUAAUGAUGAUGAUAAUGGUGGUUUCAUUUCUCACACAUGCACACUGGUGUGUCUCUCUUUUUAUGUGAGAUCUGUGCUGGUUGGAUGAUGCGCUUCUGACUUGGAUUAACGCGCGGUGGUAAAGGACGAUUCUGCGCACUUGGAAAACAUUAUGUAAGGUUGUCUGGGCAUCUUAGACUGCAGUAUUACCCUCAGACACAGACAUGAAAUCUGUGCUGGAUGGUGUGGCGGACACCACCUUCCGGACUAUUACAUCUGGUUUACAGUAUCUGGGCUCCAACGACGCUAACUAUGACGACCCCCUCAAUGAUGUAGACUUCAAGGCGGGUUUCUCUCUGCAGAAGCCCUUAUCUGCUUUCCGCAGCAACUCCUUCCCUAACAAAGUACCUGCGGAUGAGGAGCUCAUCCUCAAGGGCAUCCCCUUCUACCCCACCAAUGCCACAGACUUGUUCGGCAACAGGAGCACAUUCAGAGAUGAGACUAACAAUAUACAAUGUGGGGAAAACUUCAUGGACAUGGAGUGUUUCAUGAUCCUGACUCCCAGCCAGCAGCUGGCUGUGGCUGUGAUGUCUCUGACUCUGGGUACCUUUACGGUGCUUGAGAACCUGGUGGUGCUCUGCGUCAUCUUCCAGUCUCGCACCCUCCGCUGCAGGCCGUCCUACCACUUCAUUGGCAGUCUGGCUGUGGCUGACCUUCUUGGAAGUGUCAUAUUUGUCUACAGCUUUCUGGACUUCCAUGUCUUUCACAGGAAGGACAGCCCCAAUGUUUUUCUCUUCAAGCUGGGUGGAGUCACGGCAUCGUUCACUGCCUCUGUGGGGAGCCUUUUCCUCACUGCUAUCGACCGCUACAUCUCCAUACACCGUCCUCUUUCCUACAGGCGCAUUGUGACACGGACCAAGGCUGUCAUUGCCUUUUGUGUGAUGUGGACCAUCUCCAUCGUGAUCGCAGUGCUGCCUCUACUGGGCUGGAACUGUAAACGUCUCAAUUCUGUUUGCUCAGACAUAUUCCCUCUGAUUGACGAGAACUAUCUGUUGUUCUGGAUCGGUGUAACCAGCGUGCUGGUUCUUUUCAUUAUCUACGCCUACAUAUACAUCCUGUGGAAAGCACACCACCAUGCUGUGCGCAUGCUGAGCCGCACCUCCCAGAAGAGCCUUGUUGUUUACUCAGCAGAUGGGACUAAAGUGCAGACCACGCGCCCUGAGCAGACACGCAUGGACAUCCGUCUGGCAAAGACCCUGGUGCUCAUCCUGGUGGUGCUGGUCAUCUGCUGGGGCCCAGUGCUCGCCAUCAUGGUCUAUGAUCUCUUCUGGAAGAUGGACGAUGACAUCAAGACGGUAUUUGCAUUCUGCAGCAUGCUCUGCCUGCUCAACUCCACCGUCAACCCAAUCAUAUACGCCUUGAGGAGCAAGGACAUGCGGCGCGCCUUCCUCAGCUCCUGCCAUGCCUGCAGGGGCAGUGCCCAGCAGUUGGAUAAUAGCCUUGAGUCAGACUGCCAGAACAGAAAUGCCAACAUUUCUGCCAACAGGGCUGCAGAGAGCUGUGUAAAGACCACUGUGAAAAUAGCCAAAGUAACAAUGUCUGUGUCAACUGAAACUUCUGCAGAGGCUGUCUAAUUGGCCAUCACGGGAGAAACUGUGUAAAUGUCAUCCUCCCCAAACAAUGCCAUUCAACACAAUAAAGCAGACGUUAGAUAUCCAAGAGAAAAAAAAUCCUCUCCUGAAAGUAUUGACUUAUACAUCCUCACAUAGACGCUUUAGUGGUUGCAUUAUUUUACAUUGGUUUGUGAGUACAUGGUUUGCCAAAGUGCCAAAUGAUAUUGCAAGUUAAUAGGAAGGACUCACGAUUUGAAAGGAUUUAUCAAAGACUAUCAAAAGUCUGCUGUUUACCAUAGACUUAGCGAUAUCCAGUUAGUGAAGGCAUAUUAUAUUUUUGUACUGUGAAUUCAGGUUUUGAAAACAAUAUAUCUUCAUUUAUGGGAUAAGGGGCUACUGACAUUUUUAAUUCGAGAUGUUUUACUGUGUCAUCUAGAAUGUGUCUUGCACCAGACUUUCUACAGGCUUUAUGUUGCAUACAGACAUUUUUAUGAGGGAAUGAUAAAGAAAAACGUUCAAAUGACUUGUUGUUGUUGUUUAUUUCCAAAAUUACCAUUAAACAUGUCACUUUUGUACUUAUUUAUGACAACACUCAGUGAGUGGCAAAAUGUGUUAAGAUAUUUUGAGAAAUAAAAGGUGAUUAAUGCUCAAUAUAAAGAAAACAACAACAACAACCAUAUUUAUCACUAUCUGAGAAAUGAGAGGUGAUUCAUGCUCAAGAUAAGAAAACAACCAUAUUUAUCACCAUCACAAAUAAACUCUAAUAAGAUGGAGGUAAAUGGAUUCACAGCUUUUGAGUGUCAAAUCUGGAAUGGCAUUUUCUGUGGCAGUGACAAUCGUCCCUGUUGUCCAUUUCUUUACCCCGCUAACUGUUAGACGUUUAGAGUAAUGUGUCUUUGUUCAAAUGUAUACCUAACAACUGUACAGUGUUUUCUUGCAAAAUGACGUGUUCAAAUCCACUCCUUCAGCUAUACAGCCAACACAACAACAACAAC